GGCCGCAGCUGCGCAGUCCCGCGGGGGCAGGGCGUCGGGGGCCUCGGUCCCCGCGCGGGGGCCUCAUCUGGCCAGACGGGACCAGCCGGCGGCGACGCCUGCCCAGGCCUCAGGUCACACAGCAGUGAGAAGCAAGAGUGGAACGGAGCCCUGGACAGCUUGGCAGCCAACCAGAACCCUGUCUCCCUCCCCAGCCCCUACUGCGGCUCCACCCAUGGCCACUCCAGAGGCUCAGGCGGCUGGAGAGGCUCCGGCCAAGGAGAACCAAGUGGCCUUGGGGUCCGCGCAGACCAGGGCCCCCGCCUCCCCGGUCGAGAGGUCCUGGCUGGCGCGGCAUUUCUCGCUGCUGCUGAGGCGGGACCGGCAGGCCCAGAAGGCCGGGCAGCUCUUCUCGGGGCUCCUGGCGCUCAACGUGGUGCUCCUGGGCGGAGCCUUCAUCUGCAGCAUGGUCUUCAACAACGUGGCCGUCACGCUGGGGGAUGUGUGGAUCCUGCUGGCCGCGCUGAAGGUCCUGUCCGCCCUCUGGCUCCUCUACUACACCGCGGGGACCACCCGGCGGCCGCACGCGGUGCUCCACCAGGACCCGCACGCGGGGCCCGUGUGGGUGCGGGGCUCCCUGGUGCUCUUCGGCAGCUGCACCGUCUGCCUCAACGUCUUCCGCGUGGGCUACGACGUGAGCCACAUCCGCUGCAAGUCGCAGCUCGAGCUGGUCUUCCCCGCCAUCGAGGUCAUCUUCAUCAGCGUCCAGACCUGGGUGCUCUGGAAACACUGUAAGGACUGCGUUCAGAUCCAGACCAACUUCACUAGGUGUGGCCUGAUGCUGACGCUGGCCACGAAUCUGCUGCUGUGGCUUCUAGCCGUCUCCAACGACUCCAUGCACCAUGAGAUCGAGGCUGAGCUCAGCGCCCUCAUGAAAAAGCUCUCAGGCAACGGUACCAACACCUGUCUGUGCCUCAAUGUCACCAUGUGCGAGGUCUUCCGGAAGGGCUACCUGAUGCUCUACCCCUUCAGCACCGAGUACUGCCUCAUCUGCUGCGCCGUGCUCUUUGUCAUGUGGAAGAACGUGGGCCGCCGCCUGGCGCCCGCCGCGGGCGCCCUGCCCUGCGCCCCGUCCUUCCACCUGCACGGGGCCAUCUUCGGGCCGCUGCUGGGCCUGCUGGUGCUGGUGGCCGGCGUGUGCGUCUUUGUGCUCUUCCAGAUCCAAGCAAGCGGCCCGGCCAUCGCGCGCGAGUACUUCACCAUCUACUACGCCUUCUACGUGGCCGCACUGCCCGCUAUGAGCCUGGCGUGCCUGGCGGGCACGGCCAUCCACGGGCUGGAGGAGCGAGAGCUGGACACGUUCAAGAACCCCACCCGCAGCCUGGACGUGGUGCUACUGAUGGGCGCGGCGCUGGGCCAGAUGGGCAUCUCCUAUUUCUCCAUCGUGGCCAUCGUGGCCACGCGUCCCCACGAGCUGCUCAACUGCCUCAUCCUGGCCUACUCGCUGCUACUCAUCCUCCAGCAUAUGGCCCAGAACCUGUUCAUCAUCGAGGGCCUGCACCGCCGCCCGCUCUGGGAGGUGGCUCCCGAGAGCCUGGCCGGGAAGUGGGAGGCCGAGCCGCCCCGCAGGGGCUCCCUGCUGGAGCUGGGCCAGGACCUGCGGCGGGCCUCGCUGGCCUACAUCCACUCCUAUAGCCACCUCAACUGGAAGCGGCGAGCCCUCAAGGAGAUCUCACUCUUCCUCAUCCUCUGCAACAUCACGCUAUGGAUGAUGCCUGCUUUCGGCAUCCACCCUGAGUUUGAGAAUGGCCUGGAAAAGGACUUCUAUGGCUACCGGACGUGGUUCACCGUCGUCAACUUUGGCCUGCCUCUGGGGGUCUUCUACCGCAUGCACUCCGUGGGGGGGCUGGUGGAGGUCUACCUGGGGGCCUGAGGGCGCCCGAGGAAGUGCAGACCCCUGAAGUGCCAGGGCCGGGGAGAAUGUCACCCAGAUGCCCCAUUCCAGGGGCACCUAGACCAGCCUGGCGUCCCCAAAGCCUGCUCUGCCCCGGGACCUCAUUGUGGGGUGGUGUCACUGUCUCCAGCCCCAGACCGAGGGCGGGGCCUGGACCCUGAGCUGCUAAAGCCCACACCCAGGACGGAGCCCGCGCCUGCCCCCUGCUCACCACCACAGUCAGCGCAGCCCAGGAGGAAGCCCCCACAGCUACCCUCCCGGACAGCCCUGCACUGGGAGUUUGGGGAGGCGCAGCCCCUCCCCAGCCAGGCCCGGGGGCUCGGCUUCCGGCCUGGCCCAAGCCCAGCCCAGGACAUCUGGAAGCUCGUGGCUCGGCAGGCCGCCCUGCCCUGGUCUCCCCGCACACCCUGUCUCCUAAUGAGCUCCUUAAUUAACUGCCAGGCAGGGUUCAACAGCUCUCUCUCCCGCUGCCAUAAACCCUGUUUGUUUGAUCGAUUCCA